AUGGUUGUUACGAGUCCACAAAUUACGCAUGUAAUAUUUGACUUAGAUGGACUGCUGCUUGAUACCGAGACAAUCUAUACGAUGGUUAACACAGAAAUGAUGAAGAGCUACGGUCGCGAGUAUAGCAUGGAGCUGAAAGCGAAAACGACUGGAAUGAAGAUGGAGGAUGCUGUACGAGUGAUGCUUCAGCACGUAAGUGAAAAUUUCCCUUUUGACACAGUCACUGUGGAGGAAUACAAAAAGCAGUAUAAAAAUUUGUUAGCCAAACAUCUGCCGGAGAGCAAGCCAUUAGCAGGCGCGAUGCAACUAGUGCAGCACCUCGCGAAAUACGAAAUUCCAAUGGCAAUGUGCAGUGGAUCGGAUACGUUUGAAUUUGAAGCGAAGAUGAGAAAUCAGAAGGAGUUGUCCGAUCUGAUUACUUUGCGCGUAAGACUUUGCUCAUUUUUGAUCACUCCUACAUGGAAAAUUGUGCGAAAGAUUUCAGAUCCAGUGAUUUCACUUUUACUUUUCGACAGUCCCGCUGUCAGUUUUCUUGUAAUCAACAGUCGAAAAAAGAAGAGGAUUGUCGACCAGUGGUUGGUUGCUAUAGCACGUGGUGUCAUUCGGACCAGCUCACAAAUGCCACCACCAGUAAUAGAAUGCAGAUACAGAUGGGUUUACAAAUUAUACCGCUUACUUAUAUCUAUUCGCGUAUCCAAUUUGCAGGUAUUAACCGGUGAUGAUCCAGGGGUAAAAAGAGGAAAACCGGCGCCCGAUGGUUUUCUAGAAACAAUGCGUCGAUUUCAAGUAAAACCAGAAAGUGUAGCAAAUGUUUUGGUUUUUGAAGACUCCACAAAUGGUGUUCGCGCUGCUGUAGCAGCUGGUAUGCACGUUGUAAUGGUACCAGACUUGCGUUACGCAAAACCGCCGGAAGAAUGCGCUGAUAAAAUUGCUUUUGUAUUAAAGAGUUUAGAAGAAUUUAAGCCGGAAACAAUGGGUUUAGCUCCUUUUGAUUAG